CGAAUCUUUACGCAUGACGAUGGUAAGGGACUUGGUUAUGGCGAGGACAGCGUAUUGAAUGAUAAUCUACCGGUUCAGAUCGGAUUUACAGUUAUCUUCGAGAAAAUGAAUUCAGUCGAAAUGCCGAAGCAUUUCGCCUAUCACACUCCACUCGCUCAAAUGGCCAUUCAAUCUCUGCUCUACAAACCUGUCAUAUUCACCGCUGAAAGAGAAAAGUCCACAACUGAAAUUUCGAGUGACCAAAAAGUCGCCUCAUUGUCAUUCCCUUGCGAUCUACAACUGAUCACGUGCCGACCGCUCAGGAGGAACAUGAUCACAGAUCGAUUACUGAUCUUGCAUCGGCCUGGGAUGGACUGCAAUGGCAAUGAGAACGUAACAUGCUCUUUCGGUGAUUUCACGCGAGCUGUCAAGAACUAUUUACGGCGGAUUGGCGCAACCAAACUGCAACAGACAACAUUGAAUGGUGUCGAUAAAAUUGGUGAUUCCAUCAACGUCAAUAGUGUUCGAAUUGAAAUUGAGCCUAUGGACUUCCUAAGUUUCAUCGUAACGAUUGCAUGA